ACAUUUUGUACACUAAACGCGAAACAAGAGCUGGAUGGUCUAUCAGCGAGCUAACGAAUGAGAUGUCUGACAACUCGCGAAUAUGUUCUUUAUUUCUCUUUAAUGUUUAUUCGAAUUUUUUUAGCGGCUGACGCCACGUUCGCCAUGCGUGCGUUACGUAGCGAUAAAAGUAAUUGUCGCGAUUGGCAGCCGAGAAGAAACACGCGUGCCGAGAUCUCGCGUUUAUGUUCAUUUCUAGCAAGAUGUAGAAUAACUUCAAUCUCGAUUUAACUCACUUUUUACCUUUUUCUGAUUCUAAGAAUUGGAAAAGGCGCUUGUUAAGUCGAGAUUAAAGUUAAUCUACAUUGAUAGAGACACGCGUGCCGAGAUCUCGCGUUCAUGUCAAUUUCUAGCAAGAUGUAUAUUAACUGUAAUCUCGGUUUCACUCAUUUUUUUCUGGUUCUAAGAAUUAGAAGAGGGUCAAUGGAGCAAGUCAAACUGAAAUUGAAGUCAAUCUACAUUGGUAGAAACAUGAAAAAUUCGGCACGACCGACGUAAGCGCGGAGCGAAGCAACGACCGAUGAGUUGACUAAAAGAGUGUUUACUUCGUACGAGCGCACGUGUAUGUUACGUGUGUCCAUCUGUAUGUAUAUCUUCUCGCGGAUAAACCCGAAAGUGUUACCCCGAGUCGCGCGGAGCACCGCCGAUUUCUCGCCGUCGAUCCCGAUAGGAGUCGAACGAGCGGCACGCAGGUGUUGCUCGCGCGGCCGUGUGACGCGCGAAUAUUGUGCCAGCUGGAAAUCGGCACGCGAUAUCUCUUAUGCAAUUCGCGUGAGGUGUUCAGUCGCUGCUCGCCCGUGUGGUUAUACCUGCGGCGAUCUCGUUAGCGCGCGCCGAACGCGAUCAUUCCCCGCGACGAGAUAAACGGGCGGGGAGAAAUAUCUGCGCCCGUCGAUUUACUUUUUGGAAUUACUCGCGUGCCUUACACACUCGCGAUCGACCUCGCGCGCGCGCCAAGCGUACCGGCGUUAUCCUCCCGUUCCCGCGAAAUUGUCCAUCGCAGCGGCUCAAUUACCGUCGCGAAUGUUAGUCGCGACACGUCGAGGAGUUAAUUUAUCGACUUGUCAGCGAUGUUGGUGCGUUUGUGAUAUGGUGAUAGGCGCAUUCGAUCCUGCACGACGUCGACGUCGAACCGAUUAUGAUUUGUGACCGAUACAAGAACCCUGUGAACGAUGCAGACACCUCGAUGAACAUCAUGAAUAUGGACAAAGAUGUCGAAUUGGAGGUCCGUGAGAAAUUUCGGAAACUCUACGAGGAGAACAUUAGCCUUCGCGACGAGCUCGAGCGGCACGAGGUGUUGAUCGACACUCUGAAACAGCAGCACAACGCUACCAAGAAACAGCUAAAAGAUUACAUUCAGAAAUGUCAGCAUUUCGAAAAGGAAAACGAUGAACAAAAGGAGCAUUUAAAUGAAUUGAUUAAAAAAGAAAAGUCGAUGGCCUUGACUCUUCAGAGAUACACGAAAGAGCAUCAGAACUUGAGUGAGCAAUUGGAGACCGUGGAGGUUGAGGUACAGGCUAUACCGUCUUUGAAAACAGAACUAAAGAAAAUCAUUAAAGAGAAAAUGGAGUGCGAAGAGAAAAUUGGCAAAAUGCAAGAAAGGUUUGAUGAAAAGGAAGAUAAUUGCAGACAAUUAUCGAUCACUGUAACCCAACUCAAGGAGAUGAAUAAUAGCAUGAAAGAGAGCUAUGAAUACAUGAUUCACGAUCUGCGCGCAAAGAAUCGUCUACUUAUGGACGAAAAUACGGAGCUGCAGUCGUUGUCGGCUCUUAGCAUGGGUCCUACGCCUUUAGAAAGACUCUCGAUUUCGCCAAUUAUGAAUGACACAGAUGAAUGCUACAUGCAUAGCACGCCCUAUAAAUCGAAGGAAACGUCGGCGCAGGAUUCACUGUACACGGAAUUAAAGGUUUUAGGCUAUACAGCUGAAUGCUGCAGACACGGCAGACGAGAUCUCGAGGAAGAACUGAACGAAUACGACGCCGCGAUUAGCGAGAUACUGGAACAGCUAGAAAAAGUUAUACAGUUUUUUGUUACGAUGCGAGGCUCCACCGACGACUUGUCUCACUUCGACUCGCAAGACACGGGUGCGAGAGCUUACGACGUAUUGAAACACAAAGCAGCCUUACUACUGUAUAUGGCAACAGAAGAGAUCACGAGGAGAAGUGCGAAGCGAGAUUCGAGCACGCAGCUCCGAGCCGAUCCCGUAAACGCGGCCAGCACUUUGGACCAAUUUGGCGUUGGGAGGAGUUUCCAGGAUCUGUUGCACGCCCGGCCGAAAGCGGAGGCGGGUCUGCGGUCGACAGCUUCGCGCUGCGUAAAUAACGAAGAUGAUGACUUGUUCGCGCGAGUCGUAAGGACAUACACGUGCGCCCAAAGUCGAUACCGCACCGUCGAACCCAUCAUCGAAGAGUUGCACGACAUCAUCGAGAGCACUCUCGGCGCACUCGCCAAUCGUAAAGACUGUCCUCUGUCCGGGAGCUCAAGGUUCCGAUCGGUACACACGCUGCCGUCGAGCUUGCAAUCGCUACAGUCGUUCACGCUGGCCGUGGAAAACUCGCGAGCGCCCGGUUGCCAGGAUCCUGAAACCACCGAUGCUCCGCUCGCUCGAGGAGACGCUCUAAUGCGGGGAGAUCGCGACGACGAAUCCGCAUCCCUCGCCGCGGAAGCACGCGAGGUGAUAUCCGAUCAGAGGGAUCCGGCCCGUUCCGAGGAGGAUCGAUCGCGCGAGAUGCCGAAGGUGACGAGUGUCCUGCAGAUGAAUUCGAAGGAGACGUCGGCCGCGUCGGAGAAGGCGAAGGCGCGCGCCGGCAGCUUCCAGGUGCCGGAAGCGAGCAGCGCGGGCACAUCGCCGACUCCCCGCAGAAAGAUCUCGGUCUACUGCCGCUCGUUCGACGUGGUGACGGUGCAGGAUCGACACGAGGAUCACCCGGGAUCCAAUCUGGAAGUGAGACAGUCGCCGAACAGCCCGGACGACUCUCCCGCGCGAGUCGACGGGAUCGGAGCCGCGGGCGAUCGAGACGCGAUGUAUCCGUUUAAUCACGAUUACCGCGACGCGAAGAGCGACAGUUCCCGGGACUCCACGCCGCGGAAGCUCCAGGACGGCCUGCUGGACGACGAGCCGCCGAUCGAAGAGCCGACAGUUAGGAAGGUCCGUUUGGCGCCCACGCGUUUGAAGUUCCCGCAGGAUGCCGGAAACGAGUUUGGCAGAAUCGCCGAGGCCCCCUGUUACGCUUCUCCCGGCACGUCGAAUUCCAACGAUAUCUCGGACUCGCCUCUAUCUCCUAUUGGCGAACACAAGGAAGACGAGCAAGCAUCUCUCUCUUUAGCGUUCGCGGGCGAACGCAGGAUGGAAGCGAAGAGCGUGGCAUUCGGAUUGAAAUCGCAUUUAAAUUCGGAUGAGAACGCUUCGCAGGCAUACGCGGUAUCAAAUCACCGCCUAUUUCCGUCUGCUCAAGCUGAUUCAGCGAAGAUCGUGGCUUCCGAGGAUCCCCACUCUCAAACAAGCGUACGGAGACUCGACAGCGAGAGUCAGUCGCGAAUCGAACGGUCAGUCGAUAGCCAAAUGUCGAGUCGCGAGGACAGUUUGGCCGUAUCGGGCGGCGAGCACGAACCGGCGGCGGGCCAUCGAUGCGGCGUCGACGAGAAAGUCGCGAACGGGAAAGUCGGCAGGGUCGCCAAUGCCGCGUUGUCCACGUCCGUUCCGGCGGUCUCCACGAGGGUGACGGCGUGCGAGAACGUGACGCAGAGCGAUGGAAAAGCGACGUGCGAAAAAAGGCUGUUGAGGACGACGAAGCAGGAUAUACGUCAGUGGCUCGUAAAUAUGAACAAAAGAUCGCAUUCGGAGGGUGAGAACCUCGGCCGAUUGGAGCACGGUUGUCGUUGUAAAGUGAUGCGAUUGAAACCAUUGAUUCCGGAAUGUAGUCAGAGCAGUGUUUUCCCGAGUCUCGCGGACAUUCGUCCGCAAAGAUCUGGGAUAGCCAAUUUAUCGGAUUCCGAGGAGAACAGGGAGAAUCUAAGCGAGCUGGAACUGCAGAAGAUGUACACGGCGUUCUCGUUGUGUCUCUGCGUAGAGAGGUUGACCCUGUCGCGAAGGGUAGCGAUGUCGUGCCGGCAGCGCGACCAAUCCGAGAAAAAUCUCGCCUGCGAGGUGCAGAGGAUGCAGCAGGACAUUCAGGAACUCGCGCCACUAUGCACGGACAGGGAAUCCGUGGAGCGGGUGGAGCGGGUCAGGCAUCAGUUGGACAUGAUAGUGCGGUGUGCGCACAGGGUGUCCUGCGCGGCCGAGACUCUAGGCGCCGUGCACCAGGAGCGUAGGGUCUCCCGGGCCAUUCUGAUUGCCGACAAGUAUCUCCAGGUGCUGCAGUCCCGAUGCGAGAAGCUGAUCUCCAAUGUCGCCGAGACUAAACGGAUCCUGUUAGAGAACAAUAUAAUGAUAGAGGAGAUCUCCGGCGAGCUCAACGAUGAACUGCCCCGCAUCAGAUAUAGGAGCGGUACACCCGCCAAUAAUCGUAUGAUGAUGGCUAGGAGAAGAGCCAGCGUGGCCACGAUGUCUCGGCCGAUGGGCAGCGCGCAGGAUGUGAUAAAGGAGACCGUGAGACAACGAAAUUCCGUAUCCGGACGAAUGACUCUCAGAAGACCGUCCGUCAGCUCCGAUUCCCCGAAGAGGGAAAUCGAAAAACUGGAUCGUACCGAAAGUUCCAACAGCAUUAGCGAAUUGCGGGGUAUCUUCGAGCAGGCCGAGUCUCGUCGCAGCUCGAAGGAGGAAAAUAACAUGCUACGACUGAAUCACUCCAAUAGCCAAAGUACAGUAAAUUGCGCAAUGAUCGACAACGAGAUUUGGACGAACGUAAAGGAGGAGACCACUUCCGAAGUUUCCGACGUCGAAAGCAUCCAUUCUGAUAGUCGAUCAAGCACAAGAUCGUCGUACACUUUCCAAUUAAGAAGACGAGGAAGUAAACUAUUAUCAAUAUGGCGCAUAAUGUCGAGUGUUCUAAUUGUUUGUUUCGUCUUCUACAUGAUUCAAGCAUUGUUAAUAGCAAACACGAACCGUUGCUGCGAGCCAUUCAGCCAACGGUUGAUCAACGUUUGGAACGAGAACCGUCAAAAAAGAAAUGCAGUGCCUCACCCAAUAUGACUCCCUUGAUAUUCGCGCGAUCCAGUGUGGUUAGCUGUGCCAGUAAAAUAAUUAGCAAAACUAAUUAUAAACACUGUAACAUAUGUCAAUUAUAGAAAGGCUGAAUAAAUUAAUAAACUCAAGUUCGUACUUGAUCAUCGCAAGA